GAACACAACAGUUCAAAAUGCUGCGCCUGUUAAUUCCCUUAAUUUGUAGUGCAAUAUUUGUUUUAGUCGCCGGUGAUGAAUAUCCUGUUGUUACAACCCCCUUGGGAGAUAUCAAAGGGCAUUUGACAAAGAGCUACCAGGGUCGUACAGUAGUCGCAUUCGAAGGCGUCCCGUAUGCUCAACCGCCACUUGGCAAGCUCAGAUUUAAGGAACCACAACCAUUGGAUCCUUGGUCAGAUGUUUUGUUAGCGAAUGACACUUACGUAUGCCUUCAAUUUAUCCCUAUGGGAAUGAGCGGUACAAAUAUUGGUACGGAAGACUGUUUGUAUCUCUACAUUUACAUCCCAGAAGAAAAAUUUUCGCCUGAUGGAAACUUGGACGUCAUCGUUCACAUUCAUGGAGGCGCUUUCAUGUUGGGAGCACCCAAGUUUUUAGGUGGCUACCAGUAUAUUACCGACCGUGAUGUGAUAUUUGUGUCGUUUAACUACCGAUUGGGAAUUUUUGGAUUUUUAAGUACGGAAGACGAGAUCAUACCCGGUAAUUACGGUUUGAAAGAUCAAGUUAUGGCUUUAAAAUGGAUACAGAGUAAUAUUAAAUAUUUCGGUGGAAAUCCUAAUUCUGUCACGUUAACCGGAUUAUCGGCAGGCGCUGCAAGUGUACAAUAUCAUUAUUUAUCGCCACUAUCAAAAGGUUUAUUUCAUCGAGGAUUUUCGCAAAGUGGAACGGCGUUGAAUAUGUGGGCUUUAACAGAAGAACCCUCGCUAAAAGCUCGUAAGCUGGGAGCUUUCCUUAAUUGCUCUUAUGAAUCUUCUCAGGAUCUGCUUGAUUGUCUGGUAACCAAAGGUGGCCCAGAAAUUAUGCAAGCUUUAAAAAACUUUUUCGAAUUUAUUAACGCCGUUCCAUUUACACCAUUUGGUCCGGUGAUCGAAAAAGGUCCCGACGCCUUUUUGCCAGAUCACCCGUACAGUUUACUGAAGAAGGGUCAAAUCAACGAUUAUCCUUGGGUGUGCUCAAAUACAAAAAAUGAGGGAAUAUACCCCGUGGGAUUUUUUGUUUUGUAUAGGAAACUUAGUGAACUCGACGAAAAGUGGAAUGACAUUGCACCUUUUGCUCUGGACUAUUUUCAUACUACAAGUGAUGAGAACAGAAGCGACAUCACUAAAGAAAUUCGAUCUCAGUACUUAAAUAACGAGGAACUGAACCUUGAAAAUAUCGACAAGUUGAUUGACUUGUUCAGCGAUCGCGCAUUUUUAGUAGAUGCCGAGACAGCAGUAAGAUUGCAUGCCAAAGCCUCGAAAUCUCCAGUGUACUACUAUUUUUUCGAAUAUAAAGUGGGAUUAAAAAGUUUCUUCCCUAAGGAGGUGUCAGGGGUAGCUCACAGCGACGAUGGUAGGUUAUUCGUACAUAUACUUGGAAACCCUCUGGUGUUCGAGGAAUCUGACGAAAAAAUGAAGAAUUUAUUCAUGGAUUUUAUAUACGAAUUUGCCACAACAGGAAUUGCAAAGUUUGAUACUGAGGAAUGGAUACCCGUUAAUGAUGAUGAAAUGAUCAAUUACAUGCAGAUUUUGUCCCCGGAUAUCGUUCAGAUGAACAAACUCAGAAGGCUUACAUCUAAAACCUUCUGGGAUGACUUGCCCAUUAUUGAAAAUGGACGAUUGUAUAAUAAUUAAUAAUGUAUUUGUGACAUUCUGAAGUACCACAUGUGCGUAUUGGUCGAAUAAUUGUAGAAGAAAUUAAAACUUUUUGAGUAUUGGUCAUCUGUAUCUGUGGAAUUGUUGUUUAUUCACCUUUUUUGUUAUAGUUGUUUCGCUAAAUAUCGUAGCAGCAUAACGUUUUUGUAUUACAGCCCUAUUUUACGUGAAGUUUAUAACAUUUUUCCAAAAUGGUUAUCAAAUUGUUGGGGACAUUCUAGCUUAGAUUGUCUAACUAUAACUUAAAAUUUCGUACUUAUUAUUGCGCACUAAAUCAAUUACAUUGUACUAAAAUAGAAUAUAAUUAUAUGUAUAUUGGCAGUGUGUGAUUAAUAGA